AUGGACACAUACCACGAUGCGCGACUCGGCGCCGUUCCCGCCGUGUCGCAAGAUGAGACGAAAAUAGAUUCGAGCAAAUUACCUGUAGAGAGAUCCGGCGAUACCAUACAAAGCCACCCAACAAGUCCAAAAAAACAAGAUAUACCUAGAUCUUCUAGUUCCCAACAAGAUGAUAUCGUCACUAAGGUGCUGCAAUUUCUUUCCACUGCAACGCCUACAACCCUUGCGGCUAUCACGUUUGCGCUCGUCGCCGUGACGUACUUUGUCCUCGGCCAGAUUGGCCUAGUAUUGAUUGGAGCUGUCGGUGGCAUUACACUAUUCGUGUCAUGGGAGACCCGACAUCCCGAAGCGUCCCGGGCCGUCCGAGGCGAAAAAGGUCACGAAUUCUUGGAACGUAUAUUGAAAACGACGCAAACAAGAGAGGGUUUGGAGACUGAAGAGAUUGAAAAGAAUGCCCAACUUCUAGCUCGAAGUUUUGACGACUUCCAACCAGAAACACGAGAGGCACUUAUUAGCCUUGUCGAUGCCAUUGUUCGCGACUAUGUGGAUUGGUGGUACGGGCCUAUCGUCCCAUCUGACAAGUCAUUUCCUCUCUCUUGUAGAAGGGUACUAAUUAACUUCUUGCUAACCGUCUCAAAUCAAUUGGGUCGCAAGCGACCUGCCGAUGCCUUCGUCGACUUCUUAACUCACACGUGCUCCAUCAUCAUUGUCUUUAUAUCCGAGAUGGCUCAUGCUUACUCAGAGCUUCCUUCUGAUACGAACUUAACUGCGGCAGAUGCUGUCUAUAAUUACCUUGCGUCGAAUACUGAAGCGCCGUUGUCGAAUUUGCUUAACCAGAGGCAACAGGCAGGGAAGUUUAAGAUGGUGGCUGAAGACUUGCUCGGCUUCCUAGAUAGGUCGGCAUAUGAUUGUGACCCUGCUCGAAUCUUCUUGAGAGAGAUCCUCUCAACAAUCAUUCUCGAAGGUACUUUACAAACAUGCUCUAAAGCCGAAUGGAUCAAUGGUUGGAUUGUGUAUCUCCUCGAAUCUGGAGAAACAGACUUUUCGCAAGCCAUCGACGACGCGAUACAAGAUCAAAAAGCCUUCGGUGACGUUGACGGCAACGUGGGAAAUAUUGGUCUUUCUAAGGGUAACCGCAACUCGUACGAAAUGGAUCGGGCGCGCCGCAAAGAGGCAGUGCAUAAGAAAAAGCUAUCAAAAGCUGACGAAGAAAUGGAAAAGGCUAUGGAAGAAAUGAAAAGACUCAACGAGAUGAUUGCCGAGGCUGACAAGUCGAAGUCGGUAUCAAAUGAGAACCGCACGGAAGCCUCUGAUCUCCUUGAUAGUGCUAUGGAGAAGAACGCCAAGGAACUUGACUUGAAGCUCGAGGAAACCCCAAACAGAAAUUCCUUAGAGAAACCGAAAGGCUCUAGCCCAAGCUCUAGGGGUACAUCUAUAAACUCAAAAGCACAGAAUGUCGAAGACAAGGAAGAAUCCCUCAGAUCUCCUAUUUCCCUCAGGUCGCCUAUAGAGCUGUCAAACCAUAAUUCGUCACCGUCUAGCAGAAAAGGUGACCAGGCGGCUCGUAGGUUUACGAGCUUUGAUCAAAUCGUUCCGCCAGCGAAGGAAGAGCUAGAAGAAAGCGACUCACGCAGCCCUCCCCCCCUUACGUUACAUAAUGCUACUAUUACUAUUCACGACGACACGGGGAACGAUAAAGGCCGGCUUCGUGGCAAGCCUUCCUGGGAGUAUCUUAUCCAGAUUGAACCUGCAACUUCUCAUCAUCCUGGCUGGAUGAUAAUGAAGACGUACCCUCAGUUUGAGAGUCUCCAUGAGAGUUUGCGACGAAUUGCAGCCAUCUCUGGGUCGACGGCUUUCCUGGAGGCUUUCGCUAACUUUCCGAGCUGGAAGGUGCAUACAAGGACGUCGUUGCGCGGUGAGAUUGAGCGAUACAUGAGGACAGCUUGCGCAGAGAAAGCACUGGCCGAAUCAGAAGCCUUCAAGCGUUUUCUAGACAAAGGCCAAGAAUCCCGAACGAACGCGAGCAAGGGUUUCUCCUUCGAAUCAGUAGGGAAAGGUGUGCUCGAUGUUAUCCAAAAUGCACCCAGAGGAGCUUUAGAUAGUGGAAAAGUAGUGGUUGGCGGAGUUACCGGCGUCUUUGGCAACAUUGGACUAGGACCAAGGAAAUCAACUACUUCUUCCUUGAACGAGCAGCAAACUAAAGAAGCUAGUAAUACGAAAAGCCCACCAAGCAUGCGGCCAUUGUCAAUGCCAGUUCUCCCACGGAUGGAUAGUACCCCGUCGGUGAAUGGGUCAGCAAAAGCCAGAGACAGUCUAGACAGCCAAAGAUCGUCCGUUACCUCGGCGCAGCCCGGCAAAGUAGCUCCUAUGGAACGGCGUCCCAGCAUUCAAGUAGACGUGGAUCAAGAAGGCCUUCAUCCUGCGAGAGCGGAUCGUUGGGAACGGAACUCGAUCAGUGCGGCAAGUAGUAGAGCGCAUAGCCGCGCUUCAAGUGCUGUAGCCUUGCGCUCUCCGAUACGAUCCCCGGUGCGAUCUCCAUCCGAAUUAAGCUUUACUAAUAUUAAACUGCCGCCCCCGCCGGAUGAGAUUACAGACGACUACGGAUCACCCGUAAGCACUCGUUUGAGUGUUGAUGGAACCCCGCGGUCAAUGCCCACUCCGAACGGUCAUUCGUCCGCCCGGUCAUUUAACUCGAGUCAGGAUAAGCUACCACAAGCGAACGGACCAGGCAAGCGACCAACUAAACAGUACGCGCCACUUUCGGAGCAGGAGACUCGCGUAGCGGUUGAACUUCUUUUUGCUGUGAUUAACGAGCUUUACACGCUAUCAUCGGCUUGGAACAUUCGAAGGACACUUCUAACGGCAGCGAAAUCAUUCCUUCUGCGGCCAGGAAAUCCGUCGCUUAUGUCUAUUCAAUCACUGGUACAGGAGUCCGUCCUUGAGGCGAACUUGUCGGAUAGUGGUAUCGCUUCUCACCUCCGAAAAAUCCGAGAGAAUGCUUUACCUACAGAAGAAGAACGAAAGGCAUGGCCAAAGGAGAUGUCGAUAGAAGAAAAGGAGGAGCUGAGGGUUAAAGCCAGGAAGCUGUUCAUACAGAGCGGCGUUCCUGGUGCUUUAAUGGGGAUCAUGGGGCAAUCCGCUACAAGCGAGGCCCUUGGGCGAGUGUUUGACUGCCUCCAGAUCGAGGAGGUAGCCAGAGGCCUCUUUUUUGGUAUCAUGUUGCAAGCAGUGCGGGUUGUUACACACUAA